UGAAAGCAGGGUUCAAGUCACCCGGCACAAGGCCUGACAGAGCAGGAGCAGGUCAUCUGAAGCCAGCGCUUGAGCCUGCUCCGCCCAGCAAGGCCUUCUGGCUUCUUCGGCGCCCUGCGCUACAGUCUCGGGUCCCAGCCUAAGCACUGGCCCCUUUCCUGUGCAAAUCUUCCAUCUCUGAACAUCCUCGGAGCCUGCCGGAAAGGAGGCCUCGGCUGGGGGCAAGGACGGGAGUUUCCAAGGAGGAAGGGCGUCUCUAGCCAGGCUUUCAGAUGCAGAAACAAAGCCAUGUUGAGAAAGGAGCCCUCUGUCUGUCUCUGGAACUUGCUCCUGGCCUCUGUGUUACGACUGGGAACAACUGCAUUUCCGUGUAGCUGUGCCUGCAGGCACCAGGGGUCCGGCCGUCCUUCCUUCCUUCCUCUCUCCCUCCCGCCUUCCUUCCUUCUUUUCUUCUUCCUUCCUUCCUUCGCUAGGGCCCUGAGGGAGCACACAAGCCACAGCCACGUGUGUGUGUGUGUGUGUGUGUGUGUGUGUGCUCCCGCGUGUGUUUGUGUUUGCAGAUUACAGGUGCCUGGGGAACCCGCGCCGAAGCACAACACAGAGGGACCGGUCUGGGUCUCCUCCCACAUUGCGGCCCAGAAAAACCGGUGGAAGUUGGCUUCGCUUUGCGGCUUCCCAGGCUGGCUUCCAGCAGCGCCUGUGCGCCCGCCCGCACCUCCUCCCUUAGCAACCGGCGGCGGUGGAGACGCCCAGGCCGGGCCGCGCAGGGCAACCCCCGCGAAGGCCAAGGCCAGCGCACCCGGGCCCGCGCGUGCACCUGCCACCGCUCCAACAGCAUCCUGCAAAAAUGAGCCUUUCUCACCCCGCUGGAUUACUAGCGGCGUAUAAUAGCCUGACCGAUAAACACCUGGCUGGAUAUUUUAACAAUACCAGGAUAAGGAGGCAUCUCUUAAGAUCAGGGCUGAUCACAAGAAGUGGAAGAAUUCUUUCUGAGAAAGAAUACAAACUAAAUAUAAUGAAGCGGGAUCAUCAAAGAUAUAUUCGGGAGUGCUUAGCCCAGGCCAUUUUCCAUAAGGUUCUUGAUAUGGAGCGUUACCAUCAGCUUGAAAUAAAAAGGAAACUGGAGACCUUAGCUAGGAAAGAGCGGAUUCAGAGAUUUAAGGGGGAGCUCACAAGGCAAUCUGCUGAAAAUAAUAUGCCAAUCCUGUCCCCUCGCCCCCCCAUUGGCCCAAAGAUGCACCGUGGUCAUAGUAUUCUGGUUAAUGAAGGACAUUCCAGUCCCUCAACACUGACAUCUCCUCGACCAUACACCGCCCCAGGAAAUAUGCAGCCUCCAAUUCGAUUACAGCCGCUUCCCAGUAAUCCUGCAGUGAGGACAGUUCCAAAGCUAACUUCGGGAUCCAGAUCAAAAACCUCACUGCUGGAAAACGAAGCUCUGUUUCCCAUGGGGGGCAAGAAGGUAAUGAGGAAGUUCAGGAACUCCACGGAAAAAUCACAGAAAGUGAAUCUGUAUCAGUUUCCAAGCAUUGACACCUGCAGGAUACCCAUUCCCCCGCCACCUCCGCCCCCCAAUGGAAAGCUUGUCCGAGAAAGCAAAUCAGAGAUGUGGAGAAGAAGGAGACUUCGUCCAACCACGGCUCCAAAUGGCUUAGAACCUCUCUUUACCAAGGAUUCAGGAAGGAUUUACAAAACAUCAGUGCACAGUAACGCAGCUAUUACAAUGAUCUAUUUGGGGAAAAACGUGCACCUAGCUUAUGAUGAUCCAGACUUUCGAGAUGAAAUCAGAGUUUAUCAGCAACACUGCGGCGGGGAAAACCUGUGUGUGUACAAAGGCAAACUACUUGAAAAAGAGACCUUUCAGUUCAUUUCCAAAAGGCACCAUGGCUUUCCCUUCAGCCUCACCUUUUAUCUGAACGGGAUGCAGGUGAACAGGUUGAGCUCCUGCUGUGAGUACAAGCAUCGGAAAGGUUCCAGACUCGGAGGCAAACGAGGCUACUUUGGGUUCGUGUGUGUGGAGAGAGCCUCUCCUUGCUACAAGUGCAUUAUUGCAAUGGGCCUGGAUAAAAAAACAUCUCCACUGAAGCCUAGGAAAGAAAAGAGCCCUGAGGACAGAGAGGAUCUGAGGAAGGAGGAAGAGAAGCUGAGGAAGACUAGAGAGAACUGGAUACCAAUAGGGACCGAGACUGAGAACAAAAUCUCUACCUCCGCCACUUUUUUAGUGGAAGAAAUAAAACCAGAGGUCAGAGAGGUGAAAACUGCUGUGGAAGAAAUGGAACUGAAAGGAAAACUGGAACAAGACGUUUGGGAUGAGAAUCAGGAGUAUGAAGAAGAUUUUGAAGUAGAUGACGAGAAACAAGAUGAGAAAGCUAAUGAAGAAGGACAGGCUGAUGAUCAAAUGAAUGGAAUAUCAAAGUCACCGUCAGAGGAUGAAAAAGAUAAUUUAGGCCCUGGAAAGGAGAGUACAGUCUCGUCACAGAAGGCGGCAGAUACUGAUGACAGUGAGAAAGAUGAGGGUGAUGGCUACUCUGAAAGUGAACUGGAAGAGGAUAGACAAGAUACUAGAAGUGCUUCAUCAGUCUCAUCCGGAAGUCACCCAUAUUCUAGCGACAGUGAGGAUGACUCUGCAGAGCGGGACCGGGAAGCCCUUGCUGAUCGCAGCACGGACAAAGGUGCCAGAAGUUCAUCUUCUCUGCAGCUCAGCGAAAACGACGAGCCAAGAAAAUCCCACCUUCCGUUUGAAGAAUCUUUUGAGACUGAACUGGAAGACCAAGAAGUGAGAAAAGCAGAUGUGGGGGAGACCAAACCUCUGCCCACAGAGGAAAGCGGAGGGAACAUUCUUGAAGAAGAAAUGGAGAGAAGAACACAGGAAACUGCAGAGAACUCAUCUGAGGAGUCCAGGAAACAUGUUUUUGAGAAGGAAAAGGCAAAGGAUAAGAGCCAGCUUUGGGAAGGAAGCACUGCUAAGGUGGAGGACAAACAGGCAGGUCUCCCUGGGGUGGAGGAAGGUGCACCAAAUAGGAACUUAGUGGUGGAAGAAAGAGCAGAGUUCAACUCAAACAAGGAAUCCAAGCAGAUUACACAAGAAACACGCACUCUGGAGAAAGAAGCUGCAGAAGCUGGCGAAGGUCCCCAACACCAGGACACUGACCUAAUGGAAGACAAAGGAGGGGCAGCCCAGGAGGAGGAAGCAGGGGCUAAUGAGUUUCCCUCAGGGGAGUGGGAGCCAACAGCAGAGCAGCCAGCAUUAGCUCAACAGUUUCCAGAGGCAAGAGAGAUCCCUGUAGACCUAGCAAGUGGGGUAGAGGCAGAUGAGGAAGAGGAUGGAAGGCUGGGAAGAGAGGAGUUAGACCUCACAGUGAGCCUGUGUGGAGGGGAGGCUCCUGAAGAGCAGGCGCUGAGGCAGACAGGAAAGGCAGCUUCUUCCGCAGAGGAGCAGAACUCAGCGAAGACAGUGUUUCCAGCCGGCACAGCACAAAGCUCCCAGCACCCUCAGGAGGAGGUCACGUUGAGAGAUGCCACUACUUCAGAGAUGGGAGAGGCUGAGAAAGAGAAGGCUGUGAGCCAGACUGGGUUUGAAAGGCCAGCUGUGGAUGGAAGUGAGGAGGAAGCGCCCACAGACCUAGAGGACUCGAGGCCUGGGGAAGACGCAGAAUCCUUGAAAGAGGAUAGGGUAGAAGAGGCAACACUUGGGGGAGAGGAGCCAGACAAAGAGGGAACGGAAGUUCUGCAAGCAGAAACACCCUUGAGUUCCUCAACAGCCGAGGCCAAGGCUGAGAGAAGUGGCAUGGGUGCUUCUGGUGGCAGCCCCGAGAAGCUACCUGAGGAAACCACCCUGGGGAAGGAGAUGGUGACUGAGCUAGCACCUAACAGGAAAGAUGACAGGGAAGAAAUGUCACGUGAGCAAUUAGAUGUACCAAGAGAGAGGAGGAAAGCUGAGAGGCUGGUAACAUCUCUGAGGGAACCCGGGUCUGAGAGAAAAGUGGUGACUUGGGCAGAUGAGCUGAAGGAUGAAGACACAUUAGAAGAAGAACAAAAACUUAAAGAGGAAGAGAAGAAAACAACAAAGGAAAUAAGAUCUGAGGAGCAGGCAAAAGCACCCAGAAAUGGAAAGGAAUCUGGUGCUGAGGAUGAAGAAUCCACAGAGGCAACUGACUUAACUGAAGGCACAGAGCUUCUAGAAGAUUCCCCUGGAGAAAGAGUGGUUAAUCUGUUGGAAGUAACAUCUGAAUUUGAAAAGUCACCUGAAAAAGUAACAGCAGUGAGGAAAGAAGGAGAAGGACUGAGGGAAGGUAGAGACACAGAGCACGAAGACUGGGCAGAGGGGCAAGGCCAGGACACCACGGCCCCUUCAAAGCAGGGGGAAGGGCCUGGGCGUGGAGGAGAAGGAACAUCAGAGGGCCCUGGCAGUGAGCCACUGGGAGAGGAAAAGGUCCCUGACCUGGCCUUCCCAGACGCAGGACAGGCUGAGGAGUGUGCAGUCCUGGAUCAUGGAGGCCCUACUGGCCUGGCUGGGAGGGAUGGGGAAAAACCUCAGCAGGGGCCAGGAGGAACACAGGCCAUGAGAGUGACCCAGGAGCCUCUGCCUGAGAGAGAUCCCAGGAUGGCGAAAAAGUUCAGUGAAGAAGCAGAGGGUGAGGAACCCGAGGAGGAGAGGGAUCAGGAGACAGGAGUGAUGGAGGACAGCAACACAGAGAGGGACGGAGUCACAGGAGGAGCAUCAGUUAUGGCUGAGGAAGAAAGAGUGGCAGGGACAGCUGCAGAGAGGAAGGAGGUGUUGGCAGAUUUGAAGACAUUUGAGGGGAAAACAGUAGCAAAUACAGCCGCCUCCUCUUCAGAUGUUGCUGUGGAGGAAACCAGGCUCAAGGGGGACGAGGCACCAGGGAAAACAGCAGCUGAGGAGAGGGUGGUGGCAGAGGAGAUGGCGUUGAGCAGGGGGGUAGUGACAGCAGCUUGCACAACAGAGGCUGGGGGAGAAGUGCUUCCAGAACCUUCCAAGGGGGCAGGGGAGCCCCAGAGGCUAGGACAAGAUGGAGAGGAAGGAGAAGCAGAGGCUGCUCAGCCUACAGGCUCAGCACAAGCCAAGGCAGGGCCAGGGGUUGGUGACCCUGGGCAGGUGACAGGGGCAGCAGAAGAGUCACCCCAAGAGAGAGAGUCAGAGCCCAGUAGAGGGAGUCUAGAGGUGGUGGCUGAGCUUCCCGUGAAGCCUGACUUCUCUGGAACCCAAGAGGAGCAAGAGCAUACGGUGCAAAGACAAAGCGAGAGUGUGGAUGUUCCCUGAACAGCAGGAAGGAUGAGAUUUCGUAGCAGAUGGAUAUUUUAAAAGUGUCUCUGGAAGACAUAAAGCCUGGAGAAAUUUCCACAGCAGCAUCUCAAUAGGAUGGUAGAAUUUAUCUUUUUCUUCUUCUUUUUUAAUGUCACUGUGCUUGUCUGAGAUGAUUCCACUUGAUGAAUGGAUUUACUAUGUAUCACAAAAUGUACAGUCAUAAAAAAAUGAGAAAAAAUAAAUUUAAAAUGAAAAGAAUCAAGAUAGGACAUGUAUAUGUUCCAGAUCCCUAAGAUGAAUGUAAUUACUGUACAUCUUAGUUUUACUAAUAAAAAUUUAAGAAUUAAAAAAAUAAAGAUUGCUCAAACCUCUAGGUCUUCUCAGAAAAGAAUUGCAUUGCAUGUAUAUUUAUUUAAAUAUGGAAAUAUUCAUUUUAUGUAUGCCAGAGCAGUAAUUUAAAGUGGAAACCUUAUUUCAAAAUGCCCUUUGUUUUGUAUGUAUUUCUUUCUCAGGUAGACUUGUGAAAAACCAACUCAUAGCACUUUGUCCCUGAGAGCCUCAUUUAUGUGACCACUCAUAUCUAAAUCAAAGUAGUAAAUAAUGUAGAUAAGUGGAAUGAAUAUAAUAAUUAUACCUGGUAGAUGUAGCCCCUAGUCACACAUGCCAGCAUUCCAGAGACUAGUUGAUGUCGCUAAAUGGAAAAGAAACUUGGUUAAAUUAGUAUGCAGCUCACCUUCCUAAGUUCAGUUAUUUCAAACUUGUGAACUAACCUUGUAGUCCAUAAUAAAUUAAUAGUCACAAUAGAUUUCUAAAUUACCCCCUUGGAUUAUUUUCUAGUUGAGCAUCAGCAUGGCUCUAGGGUUUUGAUUUCCUUGAAGUUCUCUGUGCAACUGUGCCCGAAAGGGCAUGCCUUUUCUCCAGAGAGCUGGAGAAAGAAAUUGUUCAAAAGUAGCAGUUUUCCGUCAGUCUACAUACUAGUCUUUCCCAGGGCACUUUUACAAAGGACUCAACCCUUGACUCCAUCCCUGAACUUCAGAUUUCAUUAGUUUUAAAUAGAUCAUUUGGAUGGGUCAUUAGUUUUAGAUGAAUAAUAUACAUAUAUGCACAUGCAUAUAUAUCCAUAUAUACCCAUAAAUAUCUCAAAAUACAUAAUAAAGGCC